AUGGUUAAUCUGCUUGUUGGCUGCUCUGUCUUUGUCAGUGUUGAGGCGGGUCUCGGCAAUUAUUAUCAACUCAGUGGUACGGCUCUCUCCGCGCAGUUGGAAUUGCUCAGGCCCGCAUCUGCCUCGGCAACCGUUGCACAGACCAAGGGGAGACGCGCAUCCGACAUCAUCUUCGUCAGAAGCCGCAUCUUCUACGCCAAGCCCGCAAUCACUGCUCAUGGCCGUGUACACAUCGGCUUCAAGCAUAUUCGUUCGUACGUCCUGAACCGCUGUCGUUAUGCGCAGCUUUUGUCUCGACGUGGAGAUAGCCUUUCGCCUGCCGACGUGGAACAGGCUAAGCACAAUGAUGCCAAGACCAUCAAAGUCAUGAUGUACAUGUUUCCCAGGCAAUUCGGGCUUCACAAUGUCUUCACCAGCGGCACAAAUCGACAGGAGACGGCUCAGAGGUUCCAAGAUUACACUUUACGAGAAAACGAAAUUGCGCGUCUACUGGAGAAGCAUCCAAGUCUUCAAAGGGGCCCACACCCCAAGAUUCCCAAGAGGCUCCGAGGCGCGCCAUUGGGGCUUGUGCAGAGACUCCAGGUUCUGCAUCAUCGCUGUUCAUACACGGAGCUCUUAAGGCAUUACUGUCCGACAUUCCUCGACGGCCGCCGCAGAUCGAGGGGGUGCAGCUCACAGCUGGGGGCUACGAACCAGGGUACAGCGCGCCCUCCCCCCUCGGCAGAGCGUCUCAUUUCUCAAGUUGGACGUCGACCGAAGCGACGGGUGCGCAACGUGCAGCCGAACACUCAGGUGUCACUGCCUUCAAGCAUCACCUCAUUCGUAGAAUUGGCUUCCCCAGUCUCCCAAGUCUCGGCGUUUUGCCAAGCCGCACUCUCCAAGCUCAUACCAAGUGGGUUCUGGGGAGAGGGUGAUACUAUGUAUCACAAUAAGACGGCAUUUCUGCGCAGUGUGGAUCGCUUCAUUAAACUGCGGCGGUUUGAAGCCAUGACGUUGCACGACGUCGCCCAGGGUCUGAGGGUAAGUCAUCACACCACAUAG